UUAGAUUUCGAGAUAAACUACAAAACGUGAUUUUUAACCGGUUUUUCAUAAAACUAAUAGCACAGAAAUCGUCGUACGCGCGCGUAGAUAUAUUUAAAAAAAAAUUAUGAAGAUAUCUCUAUCCAAACCAGAGAUAUUGCGUACUACGGAUGGCCGGACGGCAGCCGGACCCGAAAUUGCCGGCUUAUGAUUUUCGGCAUCAGGGAUGUUCAAAACAUAUACCCUGUGAAUUUCAGCUCGAUCGGAGCACUUUGAGAAAAUCCGCGGAUUACAAUAGGUGUGAUUAUAAGGAAACACACCUAAAAUGAUUAGAAGGAAUCACACCUAAAAUAUGCAUACUGAGAAUUUCCUGGAAAUUGACGAGAAAAUCCACAAAUUUGUGGGAUUUUUCACAGUAAAAGAGAAUUUCUUCAAAAUCAUCGUCAAAUUCCCUGAAUAUCCAUUGGCGGGAAAAGUGAAACUUGAAGUCUUUGACCUCUCCAAGAAGAUAUCCUUGGAUUUUCCUCCGGAUGAUGGAGAAACUGCCCAAGCUUAUGUCAAACGUCUGGAGAUGCACCUAGAAGGCAAUUUCUGCGAUGACUCCAGUGAGACUGAUGAUAUUAUGAGCGGGGUUGCACGUUUUGAGGAGAUGUUCAAUCAAUUGGAUUUCCUUGAGAAAUCCGGGAAUGUCGUUGAAAUGUCCAGUGACUGCACAAAGAUCAGAGUGUCUGGGAUGUCUGGGAAUGAGCAGCACUUCCUAGAAUUCGCAGUUUCCGACAGAGCUCAAGUGAAAGUAACAGAUCACAGCCUUCCCGCGCUUCCUGGUGAGAUGUUCUGGAAGAUUGGCACGAUUGAGUCCCACAUGGCUAGCUUCCAGUCAUUCCUAGGCCAACUGGUGGAGUUCUACGACAACAUGCACACAAUCGACGAGCUGUGCUUUGUCGUUGGACCCCCGGAAAUCACCACAAAAACCACUCACAGAAUCAUAAAAUUCAGCGAAAAAAUCUUCCUCAAAAUCUCCAUUGAUCCCCUGAUUCCUUCCCAAAUCAGCCUGAAUUUUAUCGGACCCAUUGCCAAAGUGGAACCCCUGAGGGAGAUUUACAAUGAAAAAAUCGCUGACUGGGACUCCGAAAUGGACGUUCACAAAAAUCUCCUGAGAAUGUACGACAUGAUUUAUUUCCCAAUGAAAGAAAAUGAUGUCGAAACUCCCUGCAACAUCUGCUUUGACUACCUCCAGGGCAGCAGCAUACCCAUUAUCAGCUGUGACAAUACCAAAUGCAACGUAAUCUUCCACCUUCAGUGCCUCAAAAAUUAUUUUGUUACCCUCCGAAGCAGCAAAACAAUGUUCACCCUGGCGAUGGGCCAAUGCCCAUUCUGCCGGGAGAAACUUACAACAUUCCUCCAAUUGGAAGCUGAUGAAAAUAAUUGAUUGAAGAAAUACAUAAAUUUUAUAUUAUAAAUUCAUUUUUAUAGAUACAGA